AGUUCACUAGCAGAGCAGGGGACGUGCCCGAGAAGUUGAACGGUCCGUUGUUGUCUAAAAAUCAAACACUUCUGCAAAUAAUUGUCAACAACAUGGCAGAGAGUGACUGGGAUACAGUGACAGUUUUGAGGAAGAAGGGAUCGGCUGCGCAGUCAAAGUCUAAGCAGGGUCGGGGUGAUAGAUGAUGCCAUCGUUCAUCACCGAUGGCUGACAGACAUCACGAUGUUGAGCCUGCAUCGUGAUCCCCUGCGUUCUGUCUCGCACACAGCUGCGUCCACGAAGCUUUCAAAGUUUACUCAACCGCGGACGGAUGAGCUCGACACAUGCAUAGUAUGCCUGCACUGUCGGAUGCAGACCGUCCGUGUGCUCACAAAAAUCGGGCUGCAUGCGGAUGGCGUGUGCGGACACUUCUGAUGACGACCCCCCCUUUCCCCCACUCACCGAUGUAAUCAUCCUUCGCAGUGUUUCACUGCAGACAUCAUCCGAUGCCGAUUCGGCUAUUAUAUCUGCUCAGAGGAAGGGAGAUGCCGUCGAAACAUCCAAGAAAUGGGCUGCUGGACAGAACAAACAGCAUGUUGUGACUAAGAACACAGCCAAGCUGGACCGCGAGACAGAGGAGCUCAGCCACCAGAGAGUGCCUCUGGAAGUAGGGAAGGUGAUCCAGCAGGGCCGCCAGAAUAAAGGCCUCACCCAGAAAGAUCUGGCUACUAAAAUCAAUGAGAAGCCACAGAUCAUUGCAGAGUAUGAAUGUGGCAAGGCCAUUCCCAAUAAUCAAGUCAUGGGGAAGAUUGAGAGAGCCAUUGGCCUCAAGUUGCGUGGAAAAGAAAUUGGUAUGCCUCUUGAUUCUGGCCCUAAGAAGAAAUGAGUACAAAAUCCUCGAAAGGUCCACCAUUCACUGAAACCUUUCAGUACUUGUAUGGUCUUUACAGUUAAUCUUUAUUAAUUGCUGCAUUACAUCAUAUUUUCUCAAUUCAAUGGUGGACCAGACAUGCUUAUAUUGCCACCUACACAAAAGGCUUUUUAUCUAACGUUUUAUGUCAGAUGAUGAAGACUUGGAUUAUUAUUAUUAUUAUUAUUAUAUAAUCAGCUUGCUCACUGCUUUGAAAUAAAAACUUAUUUCUAAUGUC